AUGCUCCCUCCGCAGAGUGACUGCAGAGACAUUUGCAAGGUGCUGGUGUGUCUAACACAUUCAAGGUUACUCCCCAAGGGUCUUCAACUCCAUGCAUACGUCAUCAAAUUAGGGUUUGAAACUCUUCCAUUGGUUUGCCAUCAUUUGAUCAACUUCUACUCCAAAACUAACCUUCCUCACUCCUCGCACAAACUCUUCGAUUCCUUUCCCCAGAAGUCCGCCACCACAUGGAGCUCCGUCAUCUCCGCCUUUGCCCAGAACGACCUCCCCCACCUCGCCCUCCGCUUCUUCCGUCGCAUGCUCCGCCACGGCCUCCUUCCCGACGACCACACCCUACCCACCGCCACAAAGUCCUGCGCCGCCCUCUCGUCCCUCCCCACCGCCCACUCCCUCCAUGCGCUCGCCCUAAAAAGUGCCAACCACUUCGACGUGUUCGUUGGAAGCUCCCUCGUCGAUAUGUACGCUAAAUGCGGCGAAAUAAACAACGCGCGCAAGGUGUUCGACGAAAUGCCUCAUAAAAACGUUGUCUCCUGGAGCGGCCUGAUAUAUGGAUACUCCCAAUUGGGUCUCGAUGAGGAGGCUUUGAACCUCUUUAAAUGUGCUUUGCAGCAGGAUUAUGAUAUUCGAGUUAAUGAUUUUACAUUGUCUAGUGUUUUGAGGGUUUGUAGUGCUUCCACUUUGUUUGAGUUGGGCAAGCAAGUGCAUGGAUUGUGCUUUAAGACGAGUUUUGACUCGUCCUGCUUUGUGGCUAGUUCAUUGAUCUCGUUGUACUCCAAGUGUGGAGUUGUGGAAGGGGGUUACAAAGUUUUUGAGGAGGUGAAGGUUAGGAACCUUGGCAUGUGGAAUGCGAUGUUGAUUGCGUGUGCUCAGCAUGCUCACACGGGGAAAACGUUUGAGCUGUUUGAAGAGAUGGGGAGUGUCGGGGUGAAGCCGAAUUUCAUCACGUUCUUGUGUCUGCUUUAUGCGUGCAGCCAUGCGGGGUUGGUGGAGAGGGGGAAGCAUUACUUUGGGUUGAUGAAGGAGCAUGGGAUUGAACCCGGAUCGCAGCAUUAUGCAACCAUGGUCGAUUUGCUUGGUCGUGCUGGGAAGUUGGAUGAAGCGUUUCGGGUGAUUGAGGGCAUGCCUAUGGAGCCAACGGAAUCUGUUUGGGGGGCUUUGUUGACUGGGUGCAGGAUUCAUGGGAACACUGAAUGGGCUUCAUUUGUGGCUGAUAGGAUUUUUGAGAUGGGUGCUGUAAGUUCUGGGAUUAAUGUCUUGCUUUCUAAUGCUUAUGCUGCUGCUGGGAGAUGGGAGGAGGCGGCGAGAGCGAGAAAAAUGCUGAGGGAUCAGGGAAUAAAGAAAGAAACUGGUUUGAGUUGGGUGGAGGAGGGUAACAGGGUUCAUACAUUUGCUGCUGGGGAUAGGUCUCAUGGGAAGACCAAGGAAAUUUAUGAGAAGUUGGAGGAGCUGGGAGAGAAAAUUGCGAAAGCUGGGUAUGUUGCAGACACGUCUUUCGUGUUAAAAGAAGUGGACGGAGAUGAGAAGAGUCAAACUAUAAGGUAUCAUAGUGAAAGGUUGGCCAUAGCGUUUGGACUUAUUACUUUUCCUCAGGAGCGACCUAUCAGAGUGAUGAAGAACUUGCGUGUUUGUGGUGAUUGCCACACUGCCAUCAAGUUUAUUAGCAAAUGUACCGGAAGGGUAAUCAUUGUGAGGGAUAAUAACCGGUUCCAUCGAUUUGAGGAGGGAAAAUGUACAUGCGGAGAUUAUUGGUGAUGAUGGCAAGGUGAUAAAUAACAUGAGAGUCACUGAACAAAUCAAAUUAUUUUCAGUGGCAGAGGAGGAACAGAGUAGCAUCAACUCUCAACUUGUCUUUUGCUAUCUCGCCGCGUAUAGAUCGUGAUGUUCCAGGGUAUGACAACCUUCAAAUAUAAAGACAUAGAUAAGAUGCGUGAAUGUGAGAAGUAGCAGUUUUGAUGGCGCUUCUGAUUACUCAGUUGACUUCUCCAUACCAUUUUGAUUGAGGUUGGAACAUCAAUGACAUGCCAGCCAAGUCGCAAGUUUAAAUUGUCAUGGCCGGCAAGUUUUUGUGAUGCUCCUCUGCCAAAUUUGACGUCUGUCGAUAUCUGUGAUCUGAGUUUUUUUCUUGCGCUUAAUGCUUUGGCCUGAGAUAUAGACUGGUUAUAUAGUUAUGAUAUAUGGAUUUUAGUUUCAGCAUACUGUGUGUUGUGUGUUCAUCUAAAGUGUAAGGCAUAGCUAUGUUUAGCUGCUCUAAUAACGAUUAUGUAACGGAUCUGACAUCUGACAUCUCCUUGUAUGUAUAUUCUUGGCGGAGCUUCAUGGUUAAUUAAGGGAGUUUUGACUCCUUUAAAUUUUUUUACAUAAAUUAGUAUAUAAAUAAAAGUAUUUUUUUAAUUUUACUAAA